AAAAAACCUUACUCCUAGGAAAGACAAACAGACGAUCCUUCGGCGCGUGAUAUUUCUUAGCACUUGUGAAUAAUUUUUUCUUUAUUUUUAUCUUACAAAUUAUGUGGAUUUGAAAGUGCAUUUUUCAGAAUUUUAUGUUCCAUAUCAUGCAUUCGGAAAUCUGAUUUUGGAAUAGUGAAGGAAAUAUUAUGCGUAAACUAUCAUCGGAAAGAGCGGUUUUUAUAGUGUUCGUAACCCGGGACUGCCAUAGCGGUGCACUUGGGCGUUCAUUCUGAUUUGCCGUGUAUUUUAAUUCUUGGAAGCUACGGCUCAUUUGUGUGUGAAGUUGAAAGAUAUGGCAGGACGCAGGUGAUUUAACAGAGAACAUUUUUCACAGCAACAUGAAGUCAUUUCUCAUCACACUUGUUGGAUUCCUUCAUUCUGUGAUCAUCACGUACUCUGCUCAUCAAGAUUUACGAACAACCACAUAUGAAGAACUUGAAAAUGCUGUAGAAGUAUUCUCUAGACCAAACAUUGUUUAUUACACAGAGCUACUGUUUGAUAUUCCUCGUUAUCAGCUCAUAGUGGGAGCAAGGGAUUAUUUAUUUAGAUUAAAUUUGGAAAGCUUACGAGUUUUAGAGCAGACGCAUUGGCCAUCAGCUGAACAAACUGUGAAGACAUGCAUGCAGAAAGGCCAGACUGAAGAGGACUGUCAUAACUUCAUCAGGGUUCUUUUAACGCAAGGAGAUCGUAUUUUUGCUUGUGGGACAAAUGCAUUUGCACCUGAAUGUACUUGGAGAGAUGUUAAUUCCUUGAGCCUUGUUCAUGGCUGGGUCGAAGGUUUGGCCAGAUGUCCCUUUAAUCCUCAUGCAAAUAGCACAGCAAUCAUGACAUCCGAAGGCGAUUAUUACAUUGCAUCUGCAUUGGAUUUCUCUUCUCAAAACCAUGCAAUUUAUCGUAUCAUGGGAAAUGGGCCAUUUUUACGAACUGUGCAGUAUGAUCCUAAGUGGCUAAAUGAACCAAGUUUUGUAGCUUCAUACGAGAUUGGGAACUUCACAUAUUUUUUCUUCAGAGAAAUAGCUGUGGAGUAUAUAAACUGUGGAAAGGUUAUUUAUUCAAGAGUUGGAAGAAUGUGCAAGAAUGAUAAAGGUGGUCAGUUUAUUUUGAAAGACAACUGGACCACUUUCUUGAAAGCACGUUUAAAUUGUUCUAUUCCGGGUUCUUAUCCCUUUUAUUACAAUGAAAUACAAGGCAUUCAUUUUUCUGAAAAAUAUGAUAUUAUGUAUGCAACUUUCACAACUCCAGAUAAUAGCAUUUAUGGUAGUGCAAUAUGUGCAUAUAAUAUGUCGGCGAUUAAGAAAUCAUUUGAGGGUCCAUUGAAAAUUCAGAGCACUCCAAAAUCUGCCUGGGAAAAGCAAACUGUCACUCACAAGCACUUUCAAUGUCAAAGUCCUGGAAGUACACAAAAUUUACUUGAUUCAGAAAAGUAUCAGCUAGUUGAUACUGCUGUUCAACCAAUUUUCUCUCGCCCAGUUUAUUCACUGGAAUUGCAAAGGCUGACUUUCAUAGCUGUUGAUAUUAUUGCUGCCAAGCAUCAUGGUGAAGUUCAUGUAAUUUAUGUUGCAACAGUAGAAGGUGAAUUGCAAAAGCUAGUGAGAAUGCCUAAUAGUACAGAGACUUGUUUAGUAGAACGAUUAAAGAUAUUUCCUGAUGGAAAACCUCAAAAAAUUAAAGUGAUGAAGAUAUUAAAAGAUACAAAUUCUCUGUAUAUUGGAACUGAUGAAGCAGUGAUUAGAUUGCCACUUCAUAGAUGUGACCGCUUCAAGACCAAGUCUGAUUGCUUGCAUUCAAUGGAUCCUUAUUGUGGCUGGAAUGAUUAUCAAAUGGCUUGUGCAGCUGCACCUAAUCGAAACCCUUACAUUUCAUUUUGGGAGCAAAAGCCUUUGCGAUGUCCCAAACCUGAUGAUCCUGUUGAUGGUGGUUGGAGCAAAUGGUCAUCUUGGCUCCCUUGUUCUCAUUUAAAACGGGGUUCAGCAGAUGAAGGAUGCUUUUGCAAAAGAAGAUUUUGCAAUGAACCUGCUCCAGCAAAUGGAGGCAAACCUUGUGAAGGCGUUGAAAUUCAGGUCACAAAUUGCACUGUUCAUGGUCAGUGGACAGAAUGGUCGGCUUGGUCUGCUUGUUCUCAAACCUGUGGCACUGCUUUGAAAAUGAGGCGAAGGACUUGUGGAAACCCUGCUCCUAAGCAUGGAGGACAUGAUUGUCUGGGUCCAGAUCAAGAAGAAAUAUUCUGUGCUACAAAUCCACCCUGUCCAGCUUAUUCCAAAGUACCUAUACAUGGUCAUUGGUCAGAAUGGACUUCUUGGAGUGAAUGCAGCUCUCCUUGUGGAGGAGGAGUUCAGACUCGUGAUAGAAAAUGCAAUGAUCCAGCUCCACAGUAUGGUGGAAAUGAAUGUUCAGGUUGUGACCAGGAUUUCCGUAUUUGCAACAAUCAUCUGUGUCCUGAGCAUAGGCGCUCAACAUCCUGGACUCCUUGGUUUAAGAUUAACGUAACCAGAGAUGGAUAUUUCCAACAGAGGUUUAGGUUCACCUGUCGUGCCAAUGUGCCAGAUGUCAAUGACAUUCGCAUUAGCCAUCCAAAGAAGGAAGAAAGAUUUUGUUUAGAAGGAAGCCUUAGUUGUUUGGAUUCUGCGUUUAUUAACAUGGAUGGUGCUUGGUCUGAUUGGUCCGAGUGGUCAUCAUGCUCUGUUAGCUGUGGAACAGGAUUACAAUACAGGGAGAGGGCAUGUGAUAAUCCUCCUCCUUCUGGAAAUGGAGCUGAGUGUAAAGGUGCACCAAGAAUGGAAAGGAAGUGUGAACUAGCUGCUUGCAAAGAUGAUGAAGGAUGGGACGAAUGGACUGUUUGGUCUCUUUGUGAUUUUAACCAAGAGCAACAUAGGCAGAGAAAAUGUAGAAUUGAUAUGCCUGGUACAAAAUUUUGCUCUGGAUCUAGUCGAGAAACACGGCUCUGUAUUGAUAAUGAUAUCAGAGUGAAAUAUCAAGCUGAAGAAUCUCAUAUCUUAGAGGAAGAUGGUGUUCACAUGGAGCAUGUCAUUUUAGCCUUAAUGGGUGGACUUCUUGUAGGUUUAGGAUUUGGAGCUUUUGGAAUGUAUCUCUUCAAACAACGAAAAAUCCAUGAUUUGCCCCACCUCACCCCUAGAACAGCUGAUGCUAAUCUUUAUAUGUCAAAUUCAGAGUGGAAGGCUACUAGACCUCUCAAUGAAAGUCCUCUCAAAGUUCCUCAAAAAGAAGCCACUAUCAAACGAAGCUGUAAUGGAACCUUAACUAGGAACUUACGGACACCAUUAUAUUCAGAAGAAAGCUUUCGCACAUAAUGCUAAAAAUUUCAUAAUUAAAAUACCAAAUAAAAACUUCGUUAAUGAUUAAAAUGAACAAAUUUGUGUUCAGAAGUGAAGAAAACGGUCCAAUUCAGCCUAGUCUUUCUACGAAGUCAAGUUUUGUCUUUUACAGUGCCAUUGAUUUAAAGACUGUUUCUUAGCUUUUAAGUGGAUAAUUUAUUUGGUGUGCAUAACUCUUUACAUGUGCACAUAGACUGGAAAACUUUACAUUUUUAGCAAUCAGUUAUAUGUAAAUAAUGCUACAUCAUUUUUUUAAAAAAAUCAUUCACAUUUUGUUGGACAAUUCUGUUAGGAAUUUUACAUUUUUACUUCUACAUCAAGUAUUUUUAAGAGUUCUGUUGGGUGUGAAAAAUGUAUCUUCUGUUGAGCAAAAUUCACUAUUGUAAAUAUCAUCAGAAACUUUUCAUGGAGACUUCAUGUUGCUAAUUGAAAUGCCAAAUGAUUAUAUUUUCAUAUAGUUUAUGAGUAUGCAGCUACGAAUCACGUGAUAUGUACAGGAAGUUAGUCGGCACACAUGGUCAGAAUUGAGUUUAUUGUCUUAGUAUGUGAAACAUUUGCUUGAUUUUGUCCUUUAUUGUAUGAAUAUUGUAAACAAAAAAAAAAAUCUUUCUAAAUCUUCCAUUCAAAGGACAAACUGUAUUAUAUAUUCUGGAUAGUUUUCAGGAAUAAUUUUGUGUAUAUAAAUAUUGUGCCAUUUUAUUGAAGAAAAUAACUGAAUUUAUCUUCAUAUGAGUUUUUCAUAAUUACAAACUAUUUUCUUUUAUUUACUCUGCAUUUAAAUUUUAACAAUUUUAAUUAUGUUAAUAUAUAUUAAUAUUUUAUCAUCAGUAUGAACUAUGGCAAUUAAAGUAUCUUACUUUAUUGUCUGAAAAAUAUUAAAGUAACCAGUAUCUAAAGGAAAAAUAUGUCAAUUUAAAUUUUAUUUAUUGCAAUUAUUUACAUUGAAUUAGCAGUAUUCCUACAAAUCUAGUUUUUUAUGAUUAACAUAUCGAUGUAAAAUUUCUGUUACUUUGAUUUUCAGUUUCUGUUUUAGAGAAAUUUUUGUGUAGUAAAAAUAAAAGUAUUUAUUGUUUCAAGAAAAUUUUAUAGCAUAUGAUAUAGUUAAAAAAAAGAAAUUGAAUUUUAAAAAUUUCCUUUGAUUUAUGUAUUAAUACUUCUGUUUAUACUUAAUUUUAUUUGAAAUUCAUUAAAUUCUACUUAUAUGGGUGUAUGAAUGUAUUUGUUUCUAAAUAGUUUGUGUCUCUGUAUUAUUUAAACUUUUAGUUAUUGAAUUCCAUUAGUUUCUAUAUUUAUAUAAUUUAAAUUAAAUAAUAUAUGAUUUUACAUUUCAUCAAUAAGGAUUAUUAUUUAUAUGGGAAAAAAAAUUUAUAUCUUAUCCUUUGAAUAUGAAGGUUAAGGCAUUUUUUUCCUAUCUCUAAAGAAUAUAUUUAAGGGUAUUUCUUCACUUGUUUUAAAAUAAUACUACGGUGGUGACUUUUUUUUUAUAAAAUAUUUUUCAUUUGAUUUCAUGGCAAUUGUUAGUAUUUUGAUACUAAAUUUCAACUCCCAAAUAUAUAUAUAUAUAUAUAUAUAUAUAUAUAGAUUUUAAGUACAGUGUGGUGAAAUGCUCUGUAAUUUUCUUCUUCUUUUUUUAAAGUUAAACGUAUGUCCCUCUCUCUUUAUAAUGCUUCCAACUUUGGAUAUAAUUUAUUGAUGUGUAUUGAUGCAAUAAUUUUCUUAUUUUGAAAUUAGGAAGAAUUCAUACUGAUAAAGUCACAUAGUCCUGGUAUCUAAACAAUCACUUUAUUUCAUAAUUUUAUCUUCAAGAAAUUUUAUUUUGAAAAAGUAUAUUAAAAUAAAAAUUAGGAAUAAAUGCUAAGAAAGAAUGGAUCAAAAUUCCAAAUUUAAUAAAAUAAACUCGGCAAAAAAAAAAAAAAAAAAA